AUGCAGUUCCAACUAGAUCUGAAAGUGCUCGUGUGGGAGUCUGAGGUGAUUGCAGCAUGGCGGAAAUACAAGGCGCAACUCACGGAGGAAGAAAUCGCCGAAAACCGCAGGAGCGAUGAAGUUCAUAACAUGGUGAAGAAGAAUAGUAGUUUCAUCUUCAACGACUUCAUGUCGCGUCAUGGGCGCAGCCUUCCUAACGAUAAAAGUGGCAAAGCGCCAAAAUUAUCAACACUAGAAGAGGCAGAAGAAAUAGCAGAAGAGCUAAAACAACAACUCGAGCUGUAUGAUGAAGAAGAUGAAGAUCAAAAAAAUACGAAGUACGCAGAGGAGCACUACGGCGUCAACAGUGAUGACCGUGUUCGUCAAAAUAUAGAUCGACACGAUGAUGCGGACCUGAUAACUGCUCCGUUACGCCAUGGCACAGAGAAGCAUCACCGCGCGAUCAACAAGAACAAGCACGACACUCGAGUGUACAACUAUUGCGUUUCUCAUGGUUGGAAUCCUAAGAAAGGGCCUGCUCCACAACAUCUCGUAGAGGAGGCGAACGACCACUUUCAUGUCAUUGCUAGUGAUUAUACGUCUUCCAGCGAGCACGGUUGGGAUUCCAACGAGGACAACAUCUAUCUUGGAGAAGAUUCCUCAUCUUCCGAUGAAAUUGGCGAUGACGUUGCUGGUGAUGAUGAUGAUGUUGAUGAUGCUACUAGUGACGACGAUGAUGAUGGCGCAUACGAUGCUCGUGCAAUAGUGGGCGCUUUUCGUGGUCGUUAUGGCACUUUUGGCGAAGAGUCUGGACUACUAUCUAGUAACCAUCACUGUGCGGGUGUCGCGGCAAGUUCUUCUAGCUCAUCCGGUUCUUCUUCGUCUUCUUCUGCGAAUAUUUUUAGGAAAGGAACAAAGAGUACAUCAGCAACUUCAAAGGAGACUACAAGAAGUUCUCCACUUGUUUCCUCCUCAAGCAAAAGCUCUUGUUCUUCAAGCUCGUCGCAUGCCAUGAAUUUGGCAAGUAGGACCACCGGUUAUCAUGGUAAUCAACAUGACGGAACGGCAGUCGCCAAGCGUACUUCGAAGCGAUGA